AUGUUGCUGACGGUCGUUGUUAUAUUAUUAGUAAUUGGGAUUUUACUUUAUUUGGAUUCAUCGAAGCCUAAGAGAUUUCCGCCGGGACCAAAAUGGCUACCUAUUAUAGGAAGUGCCUUGGAAGUAAACAAAAUUCGGGAAAAGACUGGCUAUUUAUAUAAAAGUCUAAAGGAAUUGUCUAAGCUUUAUAGCGAUGAUGGCCACCUACUUGGUCUUAAAAUAGGAAAAGAUCGAAUAGUGAUGGUUAAUUCAGUUGAAGCUAAUAAAGAGAUGCUUUACAACGAAGAUAUUGACGGACGACCUAAAGGAAUAUUUUAUCAAACUCGCACUUGGGGUGAAAGGAUAGGUGUUCUGUUGACCGAUGGCGAUACAUGGAGAGAGCAAAGAAAAUUUCUUAUAAAGCAUCUAAAAGAAUUUGGGUUUGGAAGAAGGGGCAUGGGUGAAAUAGCUUUUUAUGAAGCUGGCCAUAUGGUUAAAGAUGUCACAAAUCUUAUGGAUAACAAUAAUAGUGCCAUCGUUCAAAUGCACAAUUUUUUCAGUACCUAUAUAUUGAAUACUUUAUGGACAAUGAUGGCUGGGAUACGAUACCAGCGAGAUGAUCCUGAGAUGAUAUUAUUACAAAAUAUCUUAUUUGACUUGUUUGCAGCCAUUGAUAUGGUCGGUUGUGUUUUCAGUCAUUUUCCAAUACUAUCUAUUUUGGCGCCAAAGUCCUCAGGCUAUACUGAUUUUGUAAAUACUCACAAAAGAAUUUGGAAAUUCCUUCGUGAUGAAAUUACUAAACAUAAAAUGAGGUUUGAUCCUAGUAAUGAAGACAAAGACUUUAUGGAUGUUUAUAUAAGAGUUUUAAAGGAACACGGCGAAAUCGAUACCUAUUCAGAAGGACAACUAGUGGCAACUUGCAUGGACAUGUUCAUGGCUGGUACGGAAACGACUAGUAAGAGCAUGAGUUUUUGUUUCAGCUACCUUGUUAGAGACCAAGAAGUGCAAAAGAAAGCACAAGAAGAAAUUGAUAGGGUUGUUGGAAAAGAUCGUAUGCCAUGCCUUGAUGAUCGACCAAAUAUGCCAUACUGUGAGGCUGUCAUACAUGAAUGUAUUCGUCAUUUUAUGGGAAGGACGUUUGGAGUACCACAUCGAGCUUUGCGUAAUACAACCCUAGCAGGCUAUCAUAUACCUAAAGAUACGAUGGUGGUCAGUAACUUUCCGAAUAUAUUGAUGGAUGAGGAAUUAUUUCCGGAACCUUACGGAUUUAAGCCGGAGAGAUUUAUAAGCGAAGGCAAGAUAUGCCUACCAGAUUAUUUUUUCCCCUUCGGCUUAUCAAAACAUCGAUGUAUGGGAGAUAUUUUGGCAAAAUGUAAUAUUUUUGUUUUCACUACGACUAUGCUGCAGAAAUUUACGUUCUUGCCAGUACCAGGGGAACCGUUACCUUCGUUAGACCACGUGGACGGCGCCACGCCCUCUGCGGCUCCUUUUAGUGCUCUUGUAGUAACGAGAAUG